CCGAACGAACGAACAGGAAACCCUGCGUCCAGCGCGGCUCCGGGUUCGUUCACGACAGUGUGGGCAUUUGUUUACGGCUGUUUGGGCGUUUGUUUGCGGCUGUGUGGGCAGAGCCGUCAGCUUGCGCUUGUUGUCCGCCGGCGGCGGUGGUGGCGAGCAAAGAGCAAAGAGGUGGCGAGGUGAGAAGGCGGAAGCCCGGAGAGUUGGCGCUGAGGUAGACGUGAUCUCCCCUCACACUCCGGCCUGAGCUCUCGGAAUAUUCCCAUUCUCAUCGAGAUGUGUUCCCCUCUCGGCGGCCCCGCCUAGGUUGGGGUGGGGAUCGGAGGUUUCGGACGUGUAGUUCUCCCCUCGGAUAUGAGGCUGUGAGAGCCGGGCUGCGGCCGAUGAACAGGCGCAAGAGAGCUCCGGAGCCCAAGGGCCAAGGAGCGGCCAAGGCCAGACAGCUUGGUAUACUGGUCGACUACGGGCCAGACGGUAUGAUGGAUGUGAAUGAAAAUGAAGCUGACUUGGAAGCAGAACUGGCAAUGAUUACUGGACAGAAGCCAGCUGGUAGAGGAAACACAAAAGGAAAAGCUCCACUCCCAAUGGAAGCGAUUGAGAGAAUGGCUGCUCUGUGCAUGAAGGAUCUCGAUGAAGAAGACAGUGACGAUGAUGUGGACGAUGAUGACGCAGACUUGAUGGCAGAAUUGAAUGAAGUCCUUGAAGAUGAUGAACCAAGUAUGAAUGUCACUCAACCUGCAGAAACAAAACCUACGCCUGACAGAACUUCACAGCUCAGUACAUCAUCUGUAGGCAGCCUGGAAGGCGCCCUGGUGGAGAGGAUUGACAUGUACAAAUGUGCGAUAGACAAUGCGAAACAAUCUGGCGAGAGCUCCAAACUGCGAAGAUACGAACGUGGCCUUAAGACUCUACAAUCGAUGUUUACAUCUGUGAAGAAAGGGAAGCAGAUUGAUGAAGAAGACAUCCCACCCGCCGUGGCUUCCGGGAGAAAUAAUAACACAGCCACGCCACCCGCCUCGGAGACAGCAACACCCUCAACAGGGGAUCGGUCUUUGUUGAUCGACCUUUCUGUGCCCACAGAGCACCCUGUGCUACCGCCGAAGCCUGCAGCACCUCCUCUGCUACCCAAGCCAAAGAUGUCCGUACCCCAUGUUAUUGCUCCAUCGGCCGCAGAGCAAAGCCCACGGGCACUGCCGGUACCCGCAAAAAUAGAAACAACCAUCGCUGUGUCUAAUAACAGAGCAGUAUCAGUGAAUUCCAGCAUGAAGGAGAGUGCAAUGAGCAGGCAACGAGAAUACAAGCUGGCCGCACUGCACGCCAAGCGCAGCGGGGACACGGAGCUUGCAACAAAAUACUACCAAAUAAGCAAGAAAUUUGAUCCUUUUCUUGCGACACUGGAUGGAGGAGGGACAGUGGAUUUCAAUCAGCUGCCACCCCAUUUUGAUGCACCAAAGGACAAGGAAUCGAUCCCUCCUCCCUCUCGGUUGCCUGCUCUCUCGGCUCCGGCAGCGCCUCCAGCACAGUCAGUGACUGCAUCAGAACUUCCCCCUCCCCCGAAAAAUAUCAUGGAGGCCCUUCAACAGAGAAUGGACAAGUACAAAUCAGCCGCUGCACAGGCAAAGAGUGCAGGCAAUGACCGGAAAGCAAGAAUGCAUGAACGCAUCGUUAAACAAUAUCAGGAUUCCAUUAAAGGUCACAAAGCAGGAAGAAAUGUUAACCUCAGUGAACUUCCAGUGCCACCAGGUUUCCCACCACUUCACGGAUCAGAGAGCGGCUCUCACAAUCAGACCAUUGUGGGAGUGUUGGAGAAUGCAAUGAAGCUGGCCAACCAGGAGGUGAAUGAAGAUGGUGACCAUGAGGAUGAGCCAGCACAAAGGCCUUCUCAGCAAGCACUCUCCCGGGCAUCCACACCAAGGACAUUGCCAGCUGCCCCCAACGGCUCAGAAAGCCCAGCACCAAAGCAAAUGUCAGGCAAAGCUCAGCAGCAGUUGCAGUUCUUGCAGAACAGGAAAAAGCAGUUCAUGCAGGCAGCGCUGCAGAAGAAGCAGAAGAACGACAUUGAAGGAGCAAAGUUGUAUCUUCGACAGGCUAAAGGCUUGGACCCUAUGAUUGAAGCUGCUAAAGGAGGGCUGCCUGUAGAUAUUACCAAGGUACCUGCACCCCCGGAAAAUGAGGAAGACUUUGUGUUGGUGCGGCAAAGAGGGGUGAAUGUACCCCAGAAAACUGCUGAACAAUACGGUCACCUGAUGGAAGUCCUGAGAGAGCAGUAUGAGAAGUGCAUGAUGUACUCCAAGCAAUACACACACCUUGGCAACGUGUCUGAGACCACCAAGUUUGAGAAAAUGGCAGAUGAUUGCAAAAAGAAUAUAGAGAUCCUGAAGCAGGCACAUGCCCAGGGCUGCCCACCGCCCAGGUACCACCAGGAGGAGAGGACCUUCCAGGUUGUCAAGAUAUUUCCUGACCUCUCAAACAGUGACCUGGUACUUUUUAUCGUUAAAGGAAUCAACCUGCCUCCUCCUCCAGGAGUUGCAUCAAAUGACCUAGAUGCCUUUGUCAAGUUUGAGUUUGCCUUCCCAAACACGGAAGAAGCCCAGAAAGACAAAACCAAUGUUGUGAAGAACACUAACUGUCCAGAAUUCCAAGAGAAGUUUAAAUUGAACAUCAACCGAGAACAUCGAGCAUUCAAGCGGGUGGUACAGACCAAAGGAAUUAAAUUUGAGAUACUUCAUAAAGGGGGACUUUUCAAGAACGAUCGUGUUGUGGGAACUACCCAGCUUAAGCUGGACAAACUUGAAUCGCAGUGUGAGAUUCGGGAAAUCCUGGAGGUUCUGGAUGGCAGGAAGACCACUGGAGGUCGGCUGGAGGUGAUUGUAAACAUCCGUGAACCGCUGAGCUCCCAGCAGCUCGAGAGAGUGACGGAGAAGUGGCUUGUCAUCGACCCCCAGAGCUUGUCAGUGAUGGCCGUUCCAAAGUCGAAGGAGAGGCGGGAUACUCCACAGACGGGUGGAAGCAAACCUGCCUACGCUCUACAAAGCUUCAACAUACUGAAGUUUGAGAAAGAGCGGAUAGAAAGGAAGAUCCUCCAGUGCAAACAGGAGCACAAAGCACCUCCAGAAGAGCUCCUGAAUCAGCAUCAGGACUAUAAACAGCGGAUCCAGUGGCAGAAAUCACAGCUGGAUCACAGAGAUGGCAAAGUGUUGAAAGAGUAUGUGUCCCAGUUGGAGAGGUACGUGCACCACUACACCGACGCAGCAAAGCGACUUGGUAACGAAGGCAACCGGGAUUUGGCGAAGGAAGCAUUGGUUAAAAGGAAGCUGGUGAAUGACGAGCUGCAGAGAUUUAGACGGUAAUGUUCACCGUACUUGGACCGGUGCCACGUCCCCCCCCCCCGCUCCCCCACCGUGGCCUUCCACACCGAACCAUCAUUUGAAGCUGCUACAUCACACUACGCGUCUCUAAGCUUAGCCGGCGUUAUCUCGUCAGAAGACCUAUGGACUGUCGGCACCUGGUAACGCUGCCUCCUGGGGCUGGAGCUUACAGGAGGGCCUCUUUCCCCUGCACACUGGACAUGCGGCUGAAGAACAUUUCCUUCGCUCCAUAGAUGCUGCCGCACCCGCUGAGUUUCUCCGGCACUUUUGUCUACCUUCGAUUUUCCAGCAUCUACAGUUCCUUCUUAAACACCAGCUGAAGAACAUGUACACUGGCAACUACAACUUAGAGACUUACCAAAAUGUCUACACAUGGGAUGUCCCUGUACAGAAGAUACCUGGAUGAUCUGUCAAUGGAUGCAGGAGAUCGCAAAUUGGCUCACGAUGCACCCUUUUGUUGUCAGAGUCUCUGCCCCCCCCCCCCCCCCCCCCCCCCCCCAAUGCCCUUGCAGUGCCUGACCUCCCCCCUGUCUAACAGCAGGAGAUGGUCACUGAUGCAGUACCUUGUCACUUUCUGAUGCUCGAGACAAUCUCCACGUGAACGGAUUACUGGCCCCACAGACAUUAUCUGCACCACCUCCAACUCUCCAGGGAACUAUUGUGAUGAUCCAGCCUGAUUCAAAUUGCAUCUUAUCCUGAGGGAAUCGGGACCAUGCGUUCUAAUCGAGUCUUUCUUUCCCAAUAAUCGUUCCCCCCCCCCUGCCAUUAACGGGUGGGCUUGAGUUCCUGGCCAGCUGCUGAUGUGUUACUGAUUUGAACAUAUUUCCUAGUUGUCUUUGCAGUCACUGAACGGAGUUUUGUGCGGUGAGAAUGCGCCUGUAAUGCUGCGUGCUCACUGAGCUGCAUUGCCAGAGGAAAGUCGGGACAUCCUGGAUCCCAUCAGGGGUUAAUGUCUUUAAGUUAUUGAUCCUGCCGGUUUAGUGCUGAGGCUGCAAUAAUACUAUAAAGUAGAACUGUCAAUGGGUUUCCAUCUGUAGUUGACUCGGUGAUAUUGCAAGCAACCGGGACUGUCCUUGGACCCAGGAACAGAUUUCCCACAGUUUCAGGACUAAUUAGUGGGGAGAUUAAAGUAAGGCACGGUCUGUCAUUUGCCUUUGAGCUCUUUCCUAAUUAAGAGCGUAGCCCUGGCUCACUGCAGUCCCUCCGUGCAAUGUUGAAGCAAACACGCUGUCUCUGCCUCUUGUAGCUGGCUGCCAUUUACAAAACCUUGUUGGAACAUUACUUAUUAUGAAGGCUUUUCAUAACUGAAAUGUGAUGGUCUUAGCAAAUGUGCAGCACAGCGGUAGAGUUGCUGCCUUACAGCGCCAGAGAUCCGGGUUUGAUCCUGACUGUGGGUGCUUGUCUGUACGGAGUUUGUACGUUCUCCCCGUGACCUGCGUGGGUUUUCUCCGGGUGCUCCGGUUUCCCCCCACACUCCAAAGACCUACAGUUUUGUAGCUUAAUUGGCUUCAGUAAGGUUGUAAAUUGUUCCUAGUGUGUGUAGGAUGGUGUUAAUGUGUGGGGAUCGCUGGUCGGCGCGGGCUCGGUGGGAUGAAGUGCCUGUUUCCGCGCUGUAUCUCUAAACUAAACUAAAUUAAAAUGGAAGCCCUGCCAAAUGAAUGGCACUGACUUUG